AUGCCAUGUCCUAGGCUAAACCCGGUUCCCGCAACUGAAGUGAAUGGUUCCGGAACUAAAAGCAUCAGACUCUUCAGAGUUCACGCGAGGCAGCUAUAUUCGGCGCCCUCGAUCUGGCCGGCUCAGAAGACAGAAGACAGAUGCAAGUUGAGAGCUGAUAGGCCCGCACUGGUGUACGUACCUCGGCGGAUCGGAAGGCGGAAGACGACGAUAGAGAAGAAAGUGGCGCGUGCGCUUACCAGACGGCACGCUGCGGAGUCGCCGUUGAACGACGUUUUCCCGGAACUAGACAACUGGCGCGAUGCGCUAAAGCGGCACUCAUUGUCACAAAUGGCGCUCCGUCCGCAAGUGCUUUCAAACAAGAUGUCGGUUGUAAUCAUUUCCCCGGAGGAAAGGAGGAUCCGCGCCCUUCUGUCAGUCGACCGUACAGACGUGAUACACCCGGCUGCAUUCUUCCACGCCCAUCUGAACAUCUGGCAUAAGGGACGAGACGGUUUUCCGGACUUUGCAUCCGGUCUAGCAGAUGUUGAGGAACGCCGCUUCGUAGGUCUCCUCGACAUUCGGAGAAUUGUGGAGACAAAAGAGCGAGCUCACGUAGCACGGUCCAUUAAGUCUUCAAUAUCUCCGAUAAUUCACAAGGGCGUUGCGAAGGAAUGGAACACUUGCGGCCUACGUGCAGCUUUGGAUGGACAGACGAUUGCAAAACGUGUUUCUUCAAACUUCCUAAACAUUGAGAUCAGCGCUGUCUUUGCUUUUCGGUUAGCGCUUCUUCGUCCAUCUAUCAGUGCAGCCAUUCUUUCACUGACUUCGCAAAUCUGGGCGGUGGAGUGGGACUUCUUUCGUUCUUCCUGCGUUUACCCUACGUCGCCUUCAAGCUCUCCUGCUAUCUGUUAUCUGCGCGAAGUGACGGAGAGAGUGCGCAGCAGACUCAACGUUUGGAACCCAGGAUCGAAGAAACGCAUCGUUCGCACUCACGCAUGGGAGAAUCUGUCUGCGGCCGUCAUAAGCUCGGUGUCCUCGGUCUCCCUCGAAUCUGAUCAAGAUCUUCCUGACCGGCAAAGUCGGCACCGCCGAGUUGCAACCAGCAAGAUUCCAGCAAAGCAUGAUUUUACCGACGGUAAUGAGAUGAGAUCGGCUGUCGGUCCAUUGCGAAGCCUCUCAUGUUGUGACCCAGGUAGGAGUUUGUCGAAGAAUAACUGUCUGUCUGACAAUAUCUUCCUAACGACGACACCGGCAUCAGAUAUGUGGCGACGCCGCGCAAUAUCUACGUGUGGACCGUCGGGUACCGGCAUGCGUUUAUCUCGUAACGAUAUCGCCUAUUGGUCUUUCACUGGUCUUUCACUGUUUCAAUAUGCUAACGGCACAUUGUCAGAUGUACGCCCUUGUCGGAACUUCUACGAGAGUCCAAUCAAUACAAGCGAUAAAAUAUCAACAACAUCGUGCACUGCACCAUUACAUCUAAUAUCUAAGCAGAGGGGGAUCAUUGCUUCCCGCAUGAUUGCAUCUCGACAUUCCUCGCCACCGCAGUGA